UGGUUGCUAACCUCGUGUUCCCCUCGGUUGCGCAGAACUAUUAAAUCCGACGUCUAGAGGUCUCAAGCGCAGUCAUUCUCCGGACUCGUAUCCCGACGCGUCGCAGUCCGAAACCCCCGGAGAUGAUGGUGAUCCGAAGCAGCCCAGAAAACGUGGUCGACCGAUGAAAUCGCGAGCGCCCGGUGACAUCCCCGAGCCGACGAACCCAACAUCAAUCCCCCCUCCUCCUCCCGCGCAAAUGUCGCAAUCUAUCCCCUCGCAGAAUCCCCAAGCGCCGAGCGCGUCGCUAUCCGGGCAGCCCGGCAGCGGCUACGCUCCGCCCCAGGCCUCGCCUCCACCGCCAAAGACGACGCCUACUAAGACGACGCUCAAGGCCCUGCCAACCGUGCGUGACCAUACUACCGACCAACUCGGGCCCGGUGGCGACGAAUACUUGCCGCGCGAGAUCGACGAUUUCGGCGAGAGGAAGGUGAUGCCCAAUGGCCAAUUGCUAGGAGGGCGCGAGUACCGAUGUCGGACUUUCCUGGUCCCCCAUCGCGGUGACAAGUUAUUCAUGCUCGCCACCGAGUGUGCGAGGGUUCUCGGCUAUCGAGACUCGUACCUGCUCUUCAACAAGAACAGGUCUCUAUACAAGAUCAUCGCCAAUCAGGUGGAGAAGGACGACUUGGUUUCCCAGGAGAUCCUCCCGUUCUCGUACCGGUCUCGACAGAUCGCCAUCGUGACAGCCCGGUCCAUGUUCCGACAGUUCGGCAGUAGGGUCAUCGUCAACGGUCGGAGAGUGCGAGAUGAUUAUUGGGAGCAGAAGGCGCGGAAGCAGGGCUUCACGGAGGCAGACCUUGCAGGGGAGAAGCGGCCGGGAGGAUCCAAGGUCCGGGAGGCCGCCGCUGAGGCGAAUAGCAGCGUGCCGCCGCUGCCGGGUGUGCCCCACGGCGAGAUUGUCUACGCAAAUCCUCCGCCCUUUGGUGGUGCGCAGCAGCCGCUCGUUCAACCAGGACCAGAUCUGAACGAUACGAGGACUCGAGACUACAACAACUUCAUCAAGGGUGGCCCGAGACAGGAGAUUACCGGCCCCGCCUACCAGGACAGGACCCAGUCGAGCCCCAUGGCGGAGAUCCACCAGCAGGCGCAUCACGCCGCCGACUACAACCGGAACGUGAACCACCAGCGCGAGAUCCGGUCCGAUUACAUCAAUAACUUGUGGAGGAGACCUCACGACCAGCCGCCCACUACGCAGCCCGUCACGACUGAGCCCUCCCUCCCCACGACCCGUCCCGGCCAGUCACCCCACUCCACCCCGGCGAGCAUGCAGACGCCUAGCAUGGUGCCCAACCAGAGCCCGCAGAUGAUAAUAACCGCGCCGCCGUACUCGCAGUCCAUCCACUCUCAGCAGCCCAUGAGCCAGACGCCGAUGCGGGGGAUCCCGCAGCCCUCGUCGCAGAAGCAGCCUCGGCCGUCUAACAUUCAGCCAAGCGCCUCGAGCAACCCAGCGUACAACUACGGCUCCUCGAAUCAGAUGUGGGGCCCUCAGACGCCGCAGACGCCUCAGCAUUACUCCGGUUACACGACUCAGUCGCAGCCUUCGCCCCACCCCCAGCAGUCGUCGGCUCCUCAACUGCGUCACUCGAGCGGCGCCCCCCAGAUGCAGCCGGGCACCAUGCAAUACCACGGGAUGCAAGGUCUCGGCCAGGGCUACCCCAACCCCGGGCAAGGGAUGUACCCUCCUGAGCAGACGCCUAGGCAGUUUAUGCCUCAGAACACUGGCCAGGGACCGGCUGUCACGUCAGCCUGGACUAACCCGCAAACCCCGGCUGGGGGCAGUUGGUGGGCGAACCAACCUCAAUGAUAGAUUGCCCGCAGCGCGCCGAGGCUGUACGCACGGGGGUGAGAAAGGGCGCGGCCAUCCACAGAGAACAAAGGGGGGCGCGAGUAGGCCGGAUCUUGCCAGGCCCGUCCCCCGUCAUCGCAGCUACACGUCUCGCUAUUGUUGUCCUGCUUUUCCCUUGUUCAUUUCCUCGUUUUCGUCGGCGCAGACGUCCUACCGGCCCACCUUCACCGAGCUUUCACGUAAUGGGGACGGAUUUCUGCUUCGAUGUGACUAUAUCGCUGCUUAGGCUAGUUGGCUUGGUCCGGUAAUAGAGGAGUCGGAGGAACGGUCUGGUCUCGCAUGGUGG